AUGGUGGUUGGAACAGCCAGAUCGUUCGGUUUACAGCCAUCAUACAGAAUUUAUGGGUCGAUAACAAUUUAUCACACUGCAGCCGGUAUUCUAGUGAAUAUUGAUUGA